AGCUGAAGUGAACCAUUUUUUUGUAGUUUUGAGUUUACGUCCACUUGGACAACUUUUCAGAAUACGAGUUUUUCCUUAGUCUUAUACUAUCACCACAAUAAAAAUAUAUAUAUAUAAAUCACUAAUAAUUAUUAAAAAGUUCACACUAAUAAAAUCACGUUUUUUUCACAGCAGUUUUUUGGUUAUAUUUAGGUAAUUGUUUUAGAUUUUAUUACGUAAAUAGUUGAGUUUUGUGUACUGGCAUUUUACUAACUACUCUAAACAUGAUUUUUUUUAAAUAUUUGAACUCAGCAAACUUCACUCCGUCUACAACAGCUAUUUUCAUAUCGUAGUUUUUCAGACGCCAGCAUUAUUCUGGUAGGUUUUAGAACCUCUAUUUUGAGUAUACAGUUGGACCUUUUUUAUGAGAUGGUUCUCCUUACUUCUACACUCCUUGUGUCAAUUGUAAAUGUUAGGCGAACCAUAGAUAUUAGCAUAUCCUUCAAUCUUAAAAUAUACAAAGUGAUUUAUUUAAUAGUAUAUUAAAUAUAUGAUGAGUUUUGUCUUAGAACUACAAUGUAGUUUGUAUAUUGUAUAUUAUACUAUUUUCAAACCAUAAAUGGCAAAAAAAAUACAAAUCAGUAUAGGCUGUACGGUCUAUGACCUUUGCCGACCUUAAUUGUAGAAUCGUUACAACAAUCAACAACAACAAAAGUAGCAAACAAACUUUAUAGAAACCUAGCAAAUCAAAAUCAAAAUAAUUAACGAUCUUUAAGUAAUAAGUAUAUCAUAAUUCAUAUAAUAUCUUCUAAUUCCAUUCAAAUAAUAUAAUUAAAGUCCUACAAACUUGUUAAUUAUUCUUCUAUGAAAUUGAGGUUUCUAGUAUUGCUUAAAUAAAUACAGAAAAAGGGUAAGUAAAAAUCUACGCGAAGUUGUUUACAUAAUGUUUCUAUUUUUUACGAUUUACAUUUUUUGUUAUCUCUUUUAAAGAUUUUAUCAAAAGUUUAAGAUGAAUAAUGAGACGAAAGAAGCAUUGUCAAGAGAGUUGAAAUUAUUGCAAGAACGGUGUAUAGACGCUUAUAAUGUUAUUGAGAAUUCGCCAGAUGUGAGUCUUAUACCAAACAACACAGAAGCUAAAGCUUUAAAUUAUGUAGAAGCGUUACGAACAGAUAUACAAAACUCGCACACGGCUAUUACGACUGACAGUAAUUUACUAACAAGUCAAUUCCUCGCUGAAAUGAAAGAGAAAACUGAACAAGUUGAAGAACUCAUAGCUUUUACCAAGGGCUCAAUUCAUGACUUGGAUGCCAAAAUAGAAAAUUUAAAUAACUUGAUCAAAACAUCACAAGAAGCCAGAUCAAGACCUAGAGCAGAAAAGAAGGAUAUACAUCCACAGCACAUAGAGAAGGCUAAGGCAAGAUUCCAUAUGAUAAAAAAAGAACUUCAUGGACUUAUAUAUUCCUUGUAUCCUAACUCUGCUGAUCUUAUCAAAGAUGUUUUAGGGCAAUUGAUGCAAGAGAGGCUAGAUGAAACAUCAAGUGGUUACAUUCAGGUUACAACAGAAAAUUACCCUGCUUUACUACUGCUAAAGGACAUGAACAUAGUGUCUGCAAACCCUUAUAAUAAUAUGGAAGUUAAACUUAAUUACUGAAUACUUGAAGAGCUGUAUGUUUAGAUGUAGUUAUAAAUAAAAUAAAUUAAAAUAAUUAGUUUUUUUUUUUAUAUUAGUCAAACCUAUUUACAGUUUCGUAACUGUAGAUUCUUAUUUUUUUUUAUAUAGUCAUCAGGUGGUGGCAGAAAAAAAAUCCAUCACCAUUUUUUGUCUUCUGGAUAUAUAAAAGGUGACUAUGAAAACUGUCAAAAGAUGUCAUCAUAGCUUCUAAUAGUGGUGGUAUAAUACAUAAUUCAUCCUACUUCUUACUAUUGUACUAGUAAUAUUAUAAACAUGAAAGUUUGUGAGGAUGUAUGGAUGUUUAUUACUGUUCCCCACAAAAACUACUGAAUUAUUUUAAUGAAACAUUACAAUAAUGUAGCUUACACAUCAGAACAACCAUAGGCUAUAAUUAAUAAAGAUAUUGUGUAAAGUGGUCAAAAUAUGACGAUAAGUGUUGAGUAAGUCGGAAAAAUUUAUAUAUCUAUUUUGGCGUGCGGUGAAAAAAUUGUAAGGGUUACAAAUAUAAUUUAUAGUGGGAUUGUUUCUACUAAAUAGUCUACAAAAAAGUCCACGACAGUAUAUAUCAAUUUUUUAAUCUGUAAGCGAUUAUUACCAAAAUAGUGAACCAUUUCCGGCUAAAUAUUACGUCACAUAAGUAGCGGCAUGAAAGUCUAGCGAUGACCGUUACUGCGCAUAAUUCGCGCUGAUUGCCUCUCCAGUCGAAUUCAUGCGUGUCCCCUGCACGUUUUAUUCAGCGCUAGCCUUACGUGGCGCGACUUGUACUUUGUGGUAGGACUAAUUUUCUGCAUAAGGGACUCUGGCUAGGCACGAACCUCUUAAAAUUUUUCUGUCGAUAAGCUGCAAUACGCGCACUGCAACUAUGUUUCGUUUUGAAAAGUAUAGAGAGCCAGUAUAAUUACAGGGGUGAGACGUUCCAUCUUAGUACGCACCUGUAGCGUUCUUUAUUUGCGGUUGAUUGGAGGCGACUUUAGGCUGUAGUAGUCACCAUCAGGUGGGCUGUAAGUUCGUAUGUCACUAUUUUUAGGGUUCCGUACCUCAAAAGAAAAAAAUGGAACCCUUAUAGGAUCACUUUCUUACCCGUCUGUCUGUCUGUCUGUCUGUCAAGACCCUUUUUCUCAAGAACGCGUGGAGGUAACGAGCUGAAAUUAAAAAGCCAACGUAAUCAAAAGAUACAGCCAUUUAUGCCGUAAAUUUUCGACAUUCGCAAGGGAAUCUAAACCUACAGGGUACUUCCCGUGAACUCAGAAUCUUGAAAUUUGGUACGAAGCAACGUUUUAUAGCACAGAUAAAGGAAUAAUUGCGAAAAGCGUAAAUUUUUAGUUACAUCAUAUAAUAAAAAUAUUUUUAAUAAUUUUAAACUUAUAUACCUUUUUUUUGGAAUUGAUUGGAUUUGUUCGGAACCCUCGGUGCGCGAGUCCGCCUCGCACUUUGCCGGUUUUUUUAAAAACAAAUAGGUACAAAUUUCCUCUUCUUUUUCAGUUAUAAUGACGUACAUUAACAUAACCAGCGUCAAAUUGUUCGUCAAGGUGCAGAAUAUUUUCGGGAUAUGCAAAGUUUUCGCCUGUCUUAUUGUCAUCGGUGGUGGAAUAUACGAAAUCGCCAAAGGUAACACAGCAAACUUAAACAAGGGCUUUGAAGGCAGCACUACGAGCGCUGGGGGAAUAGCUCUCGCUCUGUACUCCGGGCUGUGGGCGUAUGACGGAUGGAACAGUGUCACCGUGGUCACGGAGGAAAUUAUCAACCCUGGCGUAAACGUCCCACUCAGUAUAUCAAUAGCAGUGCCUCUAAUAACGGGACUUUACGUUUUUAUGAACGUAGCGUACAUGACCGUUUUAAGCUAUGCGGAAAUGACUUCAGUGCCAGCGGUAGCUAUCGCGUUUGGCGCUAGAGUACUCGGUCCCGCCAGUUUUUUGAUACCUCUCGGUGUUGCCAUCGCAACUUUUGGGUGCGCUAUGAGUGUGCAGUUUGGUGUAACAAGAGUGUGUUACACUGCAGCUAGGGGAGGGCAUAUGUUGGAAGUAUUCUCGUAUGUUAAUUUGAAACGACUCACCCCUGCACCGGCUGUAGCUUUUCAGGCAAUACUAACAUCAAUAUUUAUAAUUGUGGGUAACAUUAAAACAUUAAUAGAAUUUGCAAGCUGGUUUCUUUGGUUUUUCUACGGACUAGCCAUGGUGGCUUUAUUGGUUUUAAGAAAAACUCAAGCGGACAAACCUAGGCCUUACCGAGUGCCUACAAUUGUUCCAUGUUUUGUUUUGCUAGUGGCAAUAUUUCUUUCAGUGUUACCAAUUGUACACGACCCAUCCAUUAAGUAUUUAAUGGCGGUUGGGUUUAUCGUGUUAGGAGUGGGAAUAUACACGGUUUUCGUGUAUUACAAAAAAACGCCGACUGCUAUUUUAAGAAAAUUAACGUUCCUGAUACAAGUGCUUUUUGAGAGUGUGCCGCCUAACGACCGUCAAGACUGAUUUUAUUUAUUAGACAUAAACUCAAAAGGAUAUAAUAUUUUUAUAAUGUAUGAUCCACAUCUGUAAAUAUAGCUUUUAAGAGGAAGCAUAAUAAUAUAAUCAUUAUUGAUAUAAUUU